UUAUUGGGCCGGUUUAAAUGGUGGCCUAAUUAUCAAACGAAGUUCCGAGGUAAUUGCGCGGCAAGUAAGACGCAGGAGCGGAUAACUUUCCGAUGGACUACGGAAGUCAAUGACAAUUGGAUUUGCUUUGCAACGAAGCUUACGCCCUUUCCUUUAUUUUAUUUUAUUGUAAAGCAAUCAUAAACCUUUCAGAUUCUAACAAAAAAAAAAGAUCAUAAACCUUUGUGUUUCUCCUCUGAAAAGAAAGAAUGAAUGCUUUGGUUGAGUUGGCAGUAGAAUCUUUUGUCUCGGAGGCUCUGAAACUUGCGAUUGCUGAAGCCAAGAAGUACAAGUCCUACAAACCCUUGUCCAAAGAUCUGGUCUCAACGAUGAAGAGAUUGCUUCCCUUGACACAAAAGAUCGAUUCCAUGCGAAACGAGCUAGACCACAAUGCUGUAGAGCUAGAGGAACUCAGGGAUACGAUCCAACAAGCUCGUCUACUCAUCCACAAGUUCCCAAGCGUCCGGUUCUACAACAAACCUAAAUACGCUAGAAAAAUCGAGAAGAUCAAUAAAGCUAUGGCCAAGUUCUGCGGCAUCGAUCUCCAGCUUCUUCAGUACAGGGACCAGUUGGGAUUGUCCGUUGUGGUGGGGAAUAUUGAUGAUAAGGUUGACGGUUUAAGUAAGAGAAUAGACAGCUUGAGUGUUGUUCCUGUGCCUGUGCCUGUUUUUAUGGAUCAUCUUUGUUCUGUUCCAAAGCUUGAUAAGGCUCCCGUUGGUUUGGAUUGGCCUUUGAUGGAUCUUAAGAAGAAGCUCCUUGACAAUAAUAAUAAUAAUAAUAAUAAUAAUCCUCUGCUUAGUCUCGUUGUGUCUGCUCCUCCCGGCUGCGGCAAGACCACCCUCGUUACUCACCUUUGCAACAAUGUACAAGUCAAAGGGCAUUUCAAGCAUAUCUUGUUUAAUGUUGUCUCAAGUACUCCUAACUUCAGGACGAUUGUACAAAACUUACUUCAGCACAACGGUUAUGCUCCACAAAUAUUUGAGAACGAUACUCAAGCAACCGUUGCCUUGAGAAGACUGCUGGAGAAACUCAUAGAAGACGGUCCUAUAUUGAUGGUCUUGGAUGAUGUCUGGCUGGGAGCUGAUUCCUUCCUUCAGAAAUUUCUCAUUACGUUGCCGGAUUAUAAGAUUUUGGUGACUUCUCGCUCUGAGUUUCCGAGUUUUGGUUCCACUUAUUAUCUGAAACCUUUGGAAGGUGAAAAUGCCAGAGCCCUUCUCAUUCAAUGGGCAUCACAACCUUAUAACGUCUCUCCAGCUGAUUACGAGCAUCUCCUCCAAAAGAUAUUGAAACGUUGCAAUGGAUUCCCAAUAGUAAUUGAAGUAGUUGGCAGUUCCCUUAAAGGACGAUCUCUAACUGUUUGGAAAGGGCAGGUGGCAAACUGGUCUGAAGGGAAAACUAUUCUUGAUAGUCCUUCUCAGCCUAAUGUGCUUCAAUGUUUGGAGCCUAGCUUCAUUGCCCUGGAUCCUGAUCUCAAGAAGUGUUUCUUGGACAUGGGAUCGUUUCUUGAAGACCAAAAGAUACGUGCUUCUGUAAUAAUUGACAUGUGGAUGGAACUAUACGGUAUUAGCAGCACUGUCGUGUGCAUGAAGUACCUUGAAGACCUUGCCUCCCAGAAUCUACUUAAACUUGUUCCUCUCGGAAAUGAGCAGGAAGAUGGUUUCUACAGUGAGUAUUUAGUCACUCAGCAUGAUAUCCUUAGGGAGUUGGCUAUCCAUCAAAGCGGAUUAGAAGAAGACUUCUCUGAAAGAAAAAGAUUGAAUUUGGAGAUAAGAGGGGAUACAUUUCCUGCCUGGUGUUUGAAUCAAAUGGAGCCUAUUAUGAUUAACGCCUCUCUCUUGUCUAUCUCUACAGAUGAUUUGUUUACAUCGAAUUGGGUUGAAAUGGAUUGUCCCAAUGUUGAGGCUUUGAUUCUCAACAUCUCUUCACCAAACUUUUCUUUACCAAACUUCAUUGCUGGAAUGAGGAAGCUAAAGGUUCUGAUAAUCACAAACAACGGUUCUUAUCCAGCAAGAUUGAGCAAUUUCUCGUGUCUCAUCAGCUCAUUACCAAACCUGAAACGGAUCAGACUUGAAAAGGUUUCAGUCGCUCUGCUGGACAUUCUCCAGUUGCAGCUUUCCAGCCUGAAGAAGUUGUCUUUGGUUAUGUGUAGCAGCUUCGGUGAGGUUUUCUACGACACUGAAGAAGAAAAAGAUGUCUCUAAAGCUCUUCCUAGUUUACAAGAGAUUGACAUAGACUAUUGCUAUGAUCUUGAUGAGUUGCCGUAUUGGGUCUGUGAAGUUGUUUCAUUGAAGACACUUAGCAUCACGAAUUGUAACAAGCUCUCUGCACUUCCUGAAGCUAUUGGAAACUUGAGCAGAUUACAAGUGUUGAGGCUGAGUUCUUGUAUUAAUCUCUCUGAGCUUCCUGAAACGGUAGAGAGACUGAGCAACUUGGAGUUUCUUGAUAUUUCUCAUUGCUUAGGACUGAGAAAGUUGCCUUUGGGGACUGGGAAGCUGCAGAAGCUGAAGAAGAUGUCGAUGAUGAAAUGUUGGAGAUGCGAGCUGCCGGAUUCAGUGAGGGAUUUAGAGGAUCUGGAGGUGAAAUGCGAUGAAGAAACUGCGUUGGUCUUGUGGGAAAGGUUGAAGCCAAAAAUGAGAAACUUGAGAGUUCAAGAGCUGGAAACAGAGCAUAAUCUAAACUUGCUUCAAAUGUUUUAAUACUUGUAUGUGUGUGUCUUGUAAUUUUGUUAGUUGAGAUCAUCUGAAUGUAAAUAGAAACAAUCAUGUUUUGUAUGCAUGCUUUUUGUAUUUAAUAAAACUAUUUACACGACAUUUUUGGUUAGUGUUUUUGAGUGAUUAUCAGCUUUAUAAAUCUUAACUUUCC